AUCGCUCCAAUUUUUUUUUUGGUUUACUUCGUACAGGCUAGGUUCGUACAUAACAAAGAAGCACCCAAGUUGGCCUAAGGGAGACUAGCUUUACCUGUUGAAAGUGUAAAGCUUUCUCUGGUUUCGACUAGUACGAGUUGUGCCACGAUGACUAUCCAAGGUGUUCCACCUCCUCCGAGUCUGGAAGGCCAGAUUGCCAGUGCAUCAGGCUUGCCAAGUACCAGUCCUGCAAUACCCCAAGAUGCAGGGGCAGUCUCAUCCUCCGUCGUUAGCAGCCUUUUUGGUGAUAAGUACGUUCUCCAUAACAUUUCUUGCAACUUGCAAGAUUACUCAGAGCUAUUCGAAAGUAAAGCCCCUACUUCCAGGCUGGUUUCGGUCUUAUGGGUGUCGGCGUUGGUUUAACUGUACUUCGACAAGGUCUAGUUCUUGGCACUACCGCACUUCGCCGGCGUCUCCUCGUAUCAUUAGAGGUUAACAACAAAGACCGCGCAUAUGAGUGGUUUCUCGCAUGGCUUGCACACAAUGCACAAUCAGCUGCCCCAACUUCUUCUCGAAGAGCCGAGUCUUGGUUGCGCAGCCAUCAACUAAGUGUCGAAACCGCAGUCGAGCAACGCAGUAAUGGGAGUUCUUCUGUUCUAUUCAGGCUAGUCGCAGGCCCCGGAACACAUUGGUUCAAGUACGGCGGAGCUUGGAUGCAGAUGAAAAGAGAACGUGAGACGCGCUCAAUGCAACUCAUGUCGGGCACGCCAUGGGAAACUGUGACUGUAACAACACUCUCCAGAGAUCGCCAUCUUUUCUCGAAGCUCCUUGCAGAAGCACGCGACCUUGCUCUCCGCGGUCAAGAAGGAAAACUCGUGAUCAGAACCGCGUGGGGGAUCGAAUGGAAGCCAUUCGGUCAACCACGGCGGAAGCGUCCACUACACAGUGUUGUUCUGGAUACAGACGUAAGUGAGAAGGUUGAACAGGAUGUCAAGGCGUUCCUGCAACGACGACAGUGGUAUGCGGACCGGGGCAUUCCAUAUCGAAGGGGAUAUCUCUUGCAUGGCCCUCCUGGAUCAGGGAAAACUUCCUAUAUUCAAGCUUUGGCAGGAUCGUUAUCAUAUGACAUAUGUCUACUCAAUUUGUCGGAACGAGGACUCGGCGAUGAUAAACUCAAUCACUUGUUAUCAAAUGCACCAGAGCGUAGCUUUAUUCUCAUCGAAGACGUGGAUGCUGCGUUUAACAAACGCGUGCAAACAGGCGAGGAUGGUUACCAGUCCUCUGUCACAUUCUCUGGGUUUUUGAACGCUUUGGACGGUGUUGCCUCGGGAGAAGAGCGGAUUAUUUUCAUGACGACAAAUCACCUUGAAAAAUUGGAUCCUGCACUCAUCAGACCGGGGCGUGUUGAUCUAAGUGUGCUUGUUGAUGAUGCGUCGCCCACACAGGCACGCACGCUCUUUACACGUUUCUACGGUGGUAGUGAGUCUGUCCAACCGGAGGUUGUAGAACGCAUGGGGCAGCAGGUAGAGGAAUUAACCGCCCAAGAGACGUGUAAUGGGAGGAAGAUUAGCAUGGCUGCCCUCCAAGGCUUGUUCAUCAGGAACAAUGCUCAGAAAUCGGUCAAGACCCUCCCCGAGCUAUUCGUAGAGAGACGGACAUGAGUAGACGUAGGUACUUGUAUGGUAUCUCUCGUUACAACGAAGAUCCGGUUUUGUUCGUGAAACACUGCGAGAAAUUCCACUAGAAAAGUGGCUUGCGCUUGCGGCCAGUGUAUUUUGAAUCUCUUGGUACCCCUUCUUUUCCUCGUUGACGGUACAACUAAUGAUAUACGUGAGCGGAUAG